AUGGCCCUGCAAUCCUCCGAUGACAUUCAUAACCUCCGGCCCCCAACCGGACAGGUUAUGAGCCCAAUGAUGCCAAUGGCGGAGGGCAUGGCAGGUGUUCGAGAUUCAGUUCCUGGACAAGCUGGUUUGCCGAGUGGGGAAAUGGGCAGACAUGGUGGAUAUGGAACACUGAAUCCGAUCCCGAGUCGGAGUGGAGCAAUGGGACCAUCGCCUUUGAUGAAUGGUGUGAAUCCUGCAGGAGUGGCUGCUUCUUUGGAUGGGCCAACGAUAACCGGAUCUGGCGAAGCGAGAACCGCACUGGGCGCGACGAACGAAACGACGAGGGUGGGUCUAGGGUCUAGGGUUGACAUAGGGCCAGCAGAACUGCAGCAGCAUCAGCAGACAGCAGUUCCUUCACACCCAGCCACAGCACCUCAGGCCCUGGGACCACCACUACCAGGUCCGAGCCCCUUCCAAGGUCGUCCUCAAGAACAGCCACAGCUCGCUUUGGAGGCACCACCUGCUAGAGAAGCCGCCAGGGUCCCUCAAGAACCAGAUGAUCAAUCCCUGCUGGCUAUGGUUCCUCGUCAAGGCCUACUACAACCGUCCCAAGAGGCCCGAAAUGCAAUGGCGCAGCUAGCUGAGCAACAGACAGCUCUCGUUGCAGCGGUCCAGUCUAGGGCCCGAAGGAUGUUGCAGGGGACAGGUGUGGAGCCGAGUGCUCAAGAUCCAGUUCAUAGCAGUGAAGAUCAUGUGGUUUGGUAUUCCAGGCUACGAGGACUUGUUCAGGGCGUGGUGAAUCCAGUGAUGGAGAGGGUCCAGGUGAUGAGGAGUCGUACUGCGAUGAGCUCACCCCAGGCCUGGCAGUCACCGACAACGACGCCCGAACCUCGUGAAACUGGAACUCCACUUAUGGAACCUGCCAUGCAGCAAGCCAUGCAGGAAUGGACACAGAGGACCUCUUUGUUGCAGCCAAGGCAAGAUCUGUUUGGAAGUCCUGCUGAGCACUCGUCGGGCGAAUCUGUCUCCCCUGAGAUGGUGCAAGAAGAGGUCAGGCGACAAGUUCAGAUUGCAAUCCAAGGACGAGAUGUCAAGGUGCACCAGCUUCAAUCGGAAAAUGACGAGUUGAAGAAACUGCUGCAUCAGGUGAUGGAAGCCGCCUCAAGACCGCAGGGGGUGGGUGAGGAGAUGACGAGAGCCGACCUGAGAGGCCGCUUGGGAUCUGGGGGCCUUGAACUUCCAGGUGUUCGAAGGGCAAGGGGAAGCGAUCGUCCUCAUCAACCAGAGGAACUACGGCCAAUUGGGGUGGAAAACGAAGCUGCAGGGCUGCUUGGUCCUCCCCCUGGAUUGGAUGGUGGUGGAUAUAGAGCUAGCUUCGUGAACAAUGAUGGUGGCAAUGUGGGUGGUGGUGCCCAGGGACAGGGCACAGGGAAACCGCCUACAGGGUUGAGCUCUGAUCUGCAAGGAGGGCAAGCCGUGGCGAGUGGAGGCGAGAACCUUGGCAAGAACGACACCCUUCCUGAAGCAGGUCGGAGCAGUGGUGGCGCUGGUGGCAUGGGAGGUGGAGGACCAAAGGACAAGGAGACCUCGACCCUUGAGCUUCUAGCACAUGGAAUUCAGCAGUUGCAGCAGAUGCAGAUGAAGAAGGAUGGCCAUGACCCUGAGCUCCUGAAGGGCAGUGUCGAAUUACCGAAGAUGCCGGAGCCCUACACAGAUAGCAGUUCAGUGGCCUUCCUGGAGUGGAUGUAUGAAGCGGGGCAACUCAUCGGCUCCCUGACGGAGAAAGCCUCUGGAUGGUGGGAGGCGAACUCCCAGUUGGCAGUGAACACCUACAAGGCCUACCAAGGUGAGUCGCCACUCCAAAAGUUGAAGAUCAGGGUGGGGGCGAACUCCUUUGUGGACGAUGAGAAAUGGUCAAGACUGGAACGAAGAGUCAUGACCUUACUGCUCCAGUCGAUGCAACCCCAAAUCAAGAACGAGGUGAUGAUGCUCCGGAUAGACAAGGUCAAGGAUUGUCUGUUCAAGCUCUACACCAUCUACACCCCGGGUGGAGCAAGUGAGAGGGCAUCAUUGAUCAAACAACUGGAGUACAUUGCGCCUCAAGACAGCCCAACGGAGCUCACCGCCAGCUUGAGGAAAUGGAAGAAGCUGGUCUCUCGAGCCUCAGAGAUGGGAGUGAACAUUCCCGAUGGCUCUGUGCUGAUGGUGGCGGUGGAGAAUGCGAUCAAGAAGGUUGUAAGUGGACAACCGGAUAUGGCCUUCAAGCUGAACAUGGCGAAGCAGGACCUCCAGCUCCCUUACCAGCCACAUAUCACCUCCGUCUUGACCUAUGUGGACCAUAUCCUGGAUGAGCUCCAACAGGUGAUCCCCAUUGCGCGCAACGACCCGAAGCUCAAGGGCAUGAAUGUGGAACCUUGA